AUGGCCGGACGGACCAUAGGUGGACCUGUCCGGAACAACACUGCUGCUGCUCGAGCCAUGAGAGUCCGGGUGCCUCCCGCCACAAGUGCUGGCAUAGGACGGAGCCUCUUUGGGAACAGCAGUAACACCUCCUUGUCAACAGCGUCUUCCAACGCCUCAAAUACCUCUGCCUCAGCUUCUCCUUCCACAUCCACACUCGCAGCCGCAGCACGAGCAGCAUCAGCAAUAUCUUCUGAGGUCGAACCAUCACCGACACCAGCACCUACACCGAGGAGAGGAACAAGGGCCCGUCGUGCAUCACCUACUCGAUCUAGGACGAGAAGGGCAACGGCAGCUGGGUCGGCGAACCAAGCUGCUUCUUCUACUACUCGCAGCGCUUCGAGUGCUCCAAACCGGUCAGAAACUCGAAACAGCACUCGCAAUACCGCCAUAGCCAGCACGAUUGCCUCUACCUCAAGUCAUAACACCUCCGCUCCGACCACUAGGAGUAGUACCAACGGUAACAGCAACAACUGCGAUGGGAACGGAGAUUCUAACAGUCGCGCCCUUCUCGAAACCAACAUCUCCAGCAACAACUCCAACAAUGGCAACGAAAGCGACAGCAGUGAACACGACUCUGAUGCGGAGAACAAUGCCCCUCCAGGAUUCAAACCACCACCCCGGUCAGAUUUUAUCAUUAGGAGAACUCGUCCCGUUGAAGGCGCCUCAUCAUCAUCAUCGAGUAUGUUUGACUCGCACAACUACCCACCCUCCCCGUCUGGUGGCAUGAAGUCACCUACGAUGCGGUCACCUGGCCUGAAGUCACCGUCAAAGAAGCUUGUCUACGACAGAUACAUUCCUAUGCGAGAACGAGACCUUUCAGAGCUGUACGAUCUUCACGAGGCGCCCUCGACGCCAACGCGGCCGCGGAGCAAGAAUCAGCCAAUGACUCCAGGCCAGACUCAUGUCACAGACCACUAUCGUCAAGCUCAAAACCAGGCUCAUGACUCUGUGAUCGCAAACGAGCUGAUGUUGACCGACCCCCGCAGUCCGCACGACCCUUCAUUGAACUCUCCUCGGCGACUCUUUACCUACUCUUCAACCACAACACACAACACCAUGCACUUUGAUUCACCGUCCCGCCAAAUCUACGCCCCGACACCCGUUUCGCAGGAAAGUCGCAACAUCCUUCUCAGUCCCAAGAAGGGUCAGCGCGCCAUCAGCCGUGUGCCCUUCAAAGUAUUGGAUGCUCCUGACCUGAAGGACGAUUUCUAUCUCAAUCUUGUGGAUUGGUCUUCCAAGAAUGUGCUCGGAGUGGGUUUGGGUAGUAGUGUCUAUCUCUGGAGCGCAGCAUCAGGAAAUGUGCACCAGCUCUGUGAUGUUGGAAGUCCCGACACUGUCACCUCUCUCAGCUGGACUGGAUCGGCAUCAUACCUGGCCGUGGGAACUGACAAGGGCGACAUUCAGAUCUGGGACGUUGCUGCACAGAAGCGAAUUAGAACCAUGACGGGACAUACUCAGCGAGUCGGAGUUCUGGCAUGGUCUGACCAUACGUUGACAUCAGGCAGUCGAGACCGGAAGAUCUAUCACCGCGAUGUGAGGACGCAGGAUAUGUAUCAACAGACCCUGAUCGGCCAUUCUGGAGAGGUGUGUGGACUGAAAUGGAACGGCAGUGGAACUCAGCUUGCAAGCGGAGGAAACGACAAUCGAUUGAUUAUCUGGGACAAGGAUUCAACCAAACCGCAGUUUCAGUUCCGGACCCAUCAGGCCGCUGUGAAGGCCAUUGACUGGAACCCUCACCAGGCAGGAGUUUUGGCCAGUGGAGGUGGUACGGCUGAUCGACACAUCCGAUUCUGGAACACUAUGACAGGGACCUCCAUUGGAGCUCACGACACUGGUUCUCAAGUGUGCAAUCUCGCCUGGUCAAAGACGACGAACGAACUGGUAUCGACUCAUGGAUACUCUCAGAACCAGGUGCUCGUGUGGAAAUACCCGUCGAUGCAUCAGAUUGCAUCACUCCCAGGACACACGCUUCGUGUCCUCUACCUGGCGUUGUCGCCCGAUGGUCAGACGAUUGUGACGGGCGCUGGAGACGAGACUCUUCGAUUUUGGAACGUCUUUCAGAAGAGCAAAUCUGAACGACGCGACGACGACGGACUCUCUGGCGCCAUAACCACCAUCCGAUAA